AUGGAGGUUGAAAAUUGCAACUGUCUAGGGUCAAGAAACAACAAUAUUUGGUCAAGUUAUGAGAGAAUUGGCCAUGACCCUAUUGUAUGUGUCAAUGAAUUUAUGAGUAAAAUUAAGAUUGUAAAGUUGAAAAACCUCUGGAGGAAAAUCAAGAGAGAAAAGAAGAUGAAAAAUUUUAAAUCAUCUUCAUCUGUGUAUCUCUAUGAUCCCUACUCAUACUUACAGAAUUUUGAUGAUGGUUAUUUCAAUGAUCCUGAAUAUUUUUCAGUAUCAUUCUCAGCCCGAUUUGCAGCACCAAACACCAAAAUGUUUGUGAAGAAUAUUCAAGUGAGGAAUGAUGAAGAAAUAUUGGAGAUCAACCAUUAG